GGAAAUCAUUCCCAUUUCUCGAGAGCAACAGCUAUCAUACAAGGAAACAGAAAAUGGCAUUCAAAUUUGUGCUUAUCGCGACCCUUCUUGCUGCAGCCAAUGCUGGAGUCAUUGCCCCCCAUGGCUAUGCAUCAUCUCAUCAAACAAUCCAGCAUCAUCAUGCUGCUCCAGUUCAUCAUGUCGCUGCCGUUCAUGCUGCUCCAGUUCAUCACGUGGCCGCUAUUCACGCUGCUCCAGUCCAUCACACCCUCGUGAAGGAAGUCGAACACCAUGCUCCAGCCAACUACGAGUUCUCCUAUUCCGUUCAUGAUGAACACACCGGGGACAUCAAGAGCCAGCAUGAGACCCGUCACGGAGAUGAAGUGCACGGACAAUACAGCCUUCUCGAUUCCGAUGGCCACCACCGUAUUGUGGACUACCAUGCCGAUCAUCACUCCGGAUUCAAUGCUGUUGUCCGUCGUGAACCAACCCACGUCAAGGUCGCCCAACCCGUGCACAAGGUCAUUGCCCAGCCAGUGCAUAUUGCUACCCAUGCCGUGGCUCCAGUGCAUCAUGCUUCCUACUCUCACCACCACGCUGCUCCAGUUGUUGCUCACGUUUCGCACCAUCAAGCUCCAAUUGUCCACUCCCAUAGCACCCAUCAUGUAGCUCCAGUAUCCCAUGCAACCAUCUCGCAUGUUGCUCCAGUUGCUCACUACAGUCAUCAUGAUGGACAUUAUGCCAGUGGUCACUAUGGUCAUUACUGAAGUGCUGUUAGCAGACCGAAUCAAAACCUACUUAUCUCAUUGAACCUGACGAAUUAUUCUAGUAAAAUGUUUAAUAAAUAAACUUUAUUAUAGUUGUGAACAACACAGAAUUGUUGCUUUUAUUCAGU